AUGUACCUUUAUUUGUUCUCUUUUUUAUAUGUUGUGUCUUCUAUAGUUUAUGUACUCAACACAGAUGAAUUGAAAAUUUUGGAGGAUUAUGCUAAUGGGAUUGAAAAAUACGAUAAAUAGAAAGAAAAGUUGGUUAUUUAGAGUAUUAGUUUACUUGCUAAUGAUGAGGAGGUAAUUUAAAUUACAAGUUUAUUUACUCCUUUUGAUAAUUAAUAGAGAGUAGAUAUAUUAACCAAAAAAGCAGAGAAUAUAUACACAGUGUAUACUUUAUAUUAUGCUAAAUAAUAAAGUUCAGAACUUAAGUUUGAAAAGGUGGAAUUAAAAGGUGUAGAAAAAUGUACAUCCUUAACUUAUCUAUAGGAUUAAUUUAUAGUUGAUUGCACGAUUAAUACAAUUCUUUUUGUUUUAUAGAAUGGAACUUAGAUAUAAUACGACUAUAAUAAAAAUGUCUAAUUUACUCAAAUCUUAGGGUUCUAUGAUGGAUUAUUAGGAUUAUCUCCAGGAUAUUUAAGCUUUUUUGAUGAAUAGCUUUAACUGGAAAGAUAGAUCUUAGCCAAUUAUAUUUAAGUACUAAAGGAUGAAAAAAAUGUUUAUUUAUUAAAUGAACUCUAAGUUUUUUAAUAUACUUAAGAUGGAGGUGUAAUAGAGUAUAAUCAUAAAUGCGAAAAUAAGCCAGAAUUUAUGGCAGUAAUAGACAAGACAUUUUACAUUUAAUGUGGUACAUUAAGGACGGUUAGUCAGAAUGAAGUUGAAGUUCUUUCAUUAAAGGUAUCAGAAAUAUUUGCAACCAAUCAAUAUAUCAUUAUAAAUAAUACCAGUAUUUACAAUUAAGAUUUGGAUACUUGUUAUUAUUUUUCAAAUGGGUAGUUAUAUCCAAUAAACUAUGAUGAUGAUGUGAUUCAGAUAGUCAAUAAAUAAAUAUAGAUUGGCUCCAUAAAAGGAUAUUACUUAAUUUAAUCAGAUUAGAUAUCCUAAUUCAACUUAUCUUUAGAUUAAUUUUAUGUUGUCGACAAAGGAUUAUAAGUUUUGAAUUCUGGAAAUUCUGCCUAUUAUGGAAAUAAAUUCUAAGUAGUAAAUUAUGUUUCUGGGCCUUAUGUAGAGAUUCAGCAGCAGGGAGUUUUAGAAUAACCACUUUAAUUGAAUUUAGAAAAGUAGAUUAAAGAUAAAUAAUUGUUGACAUUGAUAAACUAUUUGGAUGAAUCAAUAUUCUUAAUCUAUUUACAAAAUGCAUAGCUAUUCUCAUAGAAAUGUUUAAUUGAUUAAUUAUAGCUGAAAUGUCAAAAGGAAAUGCUCUUUUAAUAGAAUUCCCCAUCAAACAUAGAAAAUGUCUAAGGAACUGUAUUUGGAAUUCAAAUAAUAUUAGCAUAUCAAUCUCAGGAGACAGUAUACAUUUAUUUAGACGAUAAACUGUUAGAUUAGAUAAAUAAUGUCACUACAUUUCAACUGUACUAAAAUUAUAUAGUUAUUCUUAAAGACAAUGAAGUAUCUAUAAAUUACAUCAUUGAUAACAAAUUGAAUGAAGAAGCCUAAAUUAAUAUCACUUGCAUAAUGGUUGCUAUUUAUUUUAAUGAGAUUGCGCUGGUUGAUGAGAGAAAUAAUCUUAUAAUAGUUAGUGAUUCUAACAGUGGCUGGUAUUAUUCGUUUUCACAAUCAUUUCAAGAUUUAAUUACGGAAAUAAACUAUGUUAAUUCUCAAUUGAUUGUAUCAACUGAGAAAUAAGCAUAUAUUUAUGAGAGCAGGAUAUUAAGAGGAAAAUUAGAUUUAGAUAUAAUUACAAAUGGAAGUUAUUUAUAAACUCAAACUCACUUAUACAUUUAUAAUACCACCAAAAUAUUUUAAUUUUAAAUAUUCUCCGACUUUUCCUUAUCAAGUUGGCCAUAAUAAAUAAUAAAAUGUUAGAUUUAAUAACGUUUUUUAGGAUUAACAUUUAAAUAGAGUGAAUUACUACUUAUAGAUAACAUUCUAUUUGUUUAUAGUUAAAUUUUAUAGUUUACACCUAAUAAUAUUGUAGAAAGAGAUGUUUAUUCCAGAUUCAGUUCUGCUGAUAUCAUUUUCAGUAAUUAUUAAAAUAAAUCUGUUACUGUGAAGGUCAAAACAAUUGGGAAUAUUUUAAAACUACAGCCUUUAUAGUAUAAAGAAUCAGAUUGUUAAAUUAAUAAUGAUAUAUUAUAAAUUGAUUAAGCUUCAUUUUUUGAUGGCCCAAUCUCAAUCAUCAGCAAAGAUGUAGAUGAUGGAAUUGAAAUAAUUCAGAGAGCAAGUAAGUAUUAAACAUAACCAAGUUGGAUCGAUGAAGGCUUAAACGAUCUAAUUUAUAUUGGAAAUAACUUAAGAGUCAUUUAUUCGAACACUUCUUUGUCUCUAUGUUCAGAGAAUAAGUGUUAAUCUAUUUUAAAUAACACUCAAGAUUGUCUUACAUUAGAGUAGGAUCAAUUAUAAUUUUAUUUGGUUUGUAAAAAGUUUGUUUAUUCUGGUUUGAAAUCAAAACCAGAAUCAAUUAAUAAUAUAGAUUUUACCCCAUAUUUUAAUUAACUACUCAGUAUAAAAUUUGAUUAAGGCUCUAAAAUAGGAAUAAUAAGUAGAUCAGAUAUAUAUACACAAUUUUCACUUUACAACAAUUAUUAAUUAAAGGUUUAAAAAAUUAUUAGUGACCUCUAAGAUUUCUAAUUUAAUGAUUCAAAUAUAAUAUUUUUAACAUCACAAAAGGUUAUUUUAGUUGAUAGUACUUUAAAAGAGAUACAUUCAUAUAAUUUAUUAGAAAAUUUGAUCUCAACAGAAUAGAAUGAAGCAUUAAAAUUUUUGAAAUUUAAAAAAAUAUGCCAUUAUAAAGAAAAUUAAUAUCUAAUUUCAAGUAAAGACGGUCCAAUUUAUUUAAUGUAUUUAAAUAACGAACACUCUGAUUUAGUUUUGCAAUUCACAAAUAUUCAAAAUACAACUCCUAUUGAAACAUAUUUGAUUUAAAAAGAUAUUUUGGUAUGUAUUUAUAAAGACGACAAUGACUAAUAUUUUGCUGCCUUUUAUGAUUUUGAAGAUAGAACAAAAUCAUCUUUAAUUAUCCCAUAUUUCAAUGUGAUUGAAUUGGGAUCUUCAUUCUCAAAAUUCCAUUACACUCAACAAUCUGAUGCAAAGUAAAUAUUUGUAAUCAAUGAUUAUCUCCAAAUAAAGAGUGUCUCAUCUAAUAAAUAUUUACAUGAAUUGAUUGCCAAUGAUUUGAAAUUCCAAUCAACAAAAAUUAAUUUAAAAAUAAAUUUGACAGAAACUGAUGAAACUCCAGAAAAUUGGACCACAGCUAUUUAUAUUUUAUGUGGCAUAUUAGGAAUUCUAGUUUUCUUAAUAUUAUUUCGAUAUAUAAGAAGAUAUUGGUUGACAAGAAAUCUCAAAUUCGAAGAAGACAAACCUUCAGAAUUUAAAAAUGAAGAAGUUUGA